GAGCAGAUGGAUUGAAGGAGGCUUUUGAGGCGAGAAUGCGGCGUAGAUCGCGCUCCCGCGGUCGUCGGGACGCCUCUUUUCCUCCUCGUCAUGACACCGGCGACAGUGACGCCUUGGAGGUUGCUGAUGUGAGAGGACGGCAGCUGCGUGCCCUCAAGCAUCGCAAGAAGCCCUCUGGCGACGCUGAGGGAGCCGAUGGCGAGAAACAGGCAAAGGGCGGCGAGAGGGAGGGUAGCAUCAAGGGCGGCAAGGGCGACAGUGUCGGAGACGACGGGCAGGGAGGGGGCGAGGGAGAACUCUGCAGUGUCUGCCAGGUGGGCGAGGAAGCUGGAGACACGAUGAGGCGCACACACGUCGGGUGCAGUGAAAGAUCAUGCGCUGCAUCAAUGGCUGUGUGUCGUGGUGUCUGUCAUGUGUGUCGACAUCGUGUUGCAGCAAACACUUAGCGUGUGUGACGUGGGGAGUUUGGCGUGUGCGCAUUCCUUCUGCUACCGGUGCAUCCUCUCGUGGGCGCGUCGCGGCACCACCCAGUGCCCCGUCUGCCGCGCCACAUUCGACAAGAUCAUCCGACACACACGCAACAUGCACAAGAUGCAGCUGCGACCCCGACAGGCACCGGCACCCGCAUCUGCAUCUGCAGCGGCUUCGACGUCCGCAUCGGCCAGUGCGGCCAGUGCCAGCGUGGCUGCGAGUGCGGCUGCGAGUGGGGGUGGAGGGCAGCAACAGCAGCAGUCAUCGGAGUGGGUGGAGCAGGUCGUGUGUGUGGCUCAGCGGCUGCCGGCGCCGCCCCCCCUGCCCAACCCCAUGCUGAUGGGCUUCAUCGAGGCCCUCAACCAGCAGGCCCUCAACCAGCACUAACUCACUCACUCUCUAGAAAACGGGGACGGAGGGAGAGGGGAGAGAGAGGGGAGAGAGGUAGCGGCGUGCGUGUCAUGGUGUGUAUGUAUGUAUUGCAUAAGUUUGCCCUCUGGACUUGCCUGCCUACCUGGAUGGAUGGAUGGAUGGAUAUCAGCGAGAAAUGGUUAUGCGAAGCGGCGUUUGCUUUGUUUGCCUUCGGUCCUGUCUUGUCAUGGUCGUACGCAUUUCGCACUGACCAUCCUCGGUUGGUGUGAGAGACGUGCGGGCGCGACAAGAAGGAACGGCGGCAGACACAACCACGCCUCGGCUCGUCAGACAGACAGACAGCAGCAGUACUUACUGAUUGGCAUGGCAAUCACACGUACCGCACGAUCGCCAGAAGUUUUGUCCUGCAUAAUACAGUACGGAGAGGAGCCCGGACGCUUUGAAAUGAUAUGGUCUGUCUCUCUCUCUUUCGGGGUACUCGAGGGGGUGUUUUUGCAAUGCAUCUGGGUGGGAUGGAUGGAUGGACGGUAUGUCUGCAGAGAGAGGGGUAUCCAGGUUGCAUCGCUUUGUACCGAAUUGUGCACUCCUUCCUUCCCUUGGUCAAACCGGCUGGCUGGCUGACUGUUUGGCUGAUGUGAUUGAUGUACAUACGAAGAAUGAAAUGCGUGGGCCUGACUGACUGACUGAGUGGAUGGAUGGAUGCAUGGAUGGAUGGAUGGAGGGUUGUCUGCGCGCCUGCCUGCCUGCCUGCCUGAGUUGCAAUGACAAGA